CGAUGAAGAGAAUCCAUUCUGAGAACUGUUGUUUCUGCCUGAGGCCUUUGCUAUACUGAGCUGCUCCUUGGUUGAUUCUUCACAAGUUGUGACCGCCAAGUCUUAUUGCAAGUGCCCGCGUCCUCCAUAGAUUGCUUCUGCGGCGGCUUUGUCACAGAGGGGAGAGCAGGAGAAUCAACAAUUGUGCAAUGGAUCAUAAUGAUUUCGAUGCUGUGUCAUGGAGAAAUGACACAGAGAGUGAAGCUUCCGGACCUGCGGCCAUACACACUGAUACCGAAGACACCGAACCAUCUACCCAUGAUGUCAACGGCAAGCGGCGGAUGAGCUCGGUGGCCGACGAGCAGCCUCAACUCGCACAUGAAGGUAUUGAAGACCUCGCAGGCCUUGAUGGAAUCCUAGAUUGCACAGUGAGCUCGCCAUUAAAAGAGAAUGAUGGCACAAAAGACGCUUUUAUCUCCUACCUCAUUACUACCCAUACUGAUUUUAAAUCCUUCCAACAACCUGAUUUCACCGUCCGCCGACGCUUCACAGACUUCUACUACCUCUACAAGACACUCUACCGGGAAUAUCCAGCAUGUGCUGUACCUCCUCUGCCAGACAAACACAAGAUGGAAUAUGUUCGCGGGGAUAGAUUUGGUCCCGAUUUUACGCAUCGGCGAGCUUGGUCCCUGCAUCGCUUUAUCAAAAGACUUACAUUACACCCCGUCCUCCGCCGCGCACCUGUUUUCGUCGUCUUCCUUGAAUCGCCAGACUGGAAUGCACACAUGAGGAUGCGGCCAUCACGAGCUUCUACCAGUGGAUCGGACGGUGGGCCCACGGGAAUCUUUGAUAAUUUCGCAGACACGUUUGUCAAUGCAUUCACCAAAGUUCAUAAGCCCGAUAAGAGAUUCAUCGAAGUUAAAGAGAAAGCAGACAAGCUCGAUGAAGAUUUAAACCAUGUUGAAAAGGUGGUUGCUAGAGUGGCUAGACGGGAGAGUGAUUUAGAAGUCGAUUACAGUGAGCUUGCGAUGCAGUUCCGCAAGCUUGUACCGUUAGAACCCGAUAUUGAAGUUCCCUUGCAAAUAUUCGCUGCCUCCAUCGAAGAGACCGCACGAGGAAUCAAGUCCUUGAAGGACCAUACCGAUCAGAAUUAUCUUGGAAGCCUUCGCGACAUGGAAGCAUAUAUUAUCUCAUUGAAGACGCUGCUUAAGACCCGGGAACAAAAACAACUUGAUUUCGAAGCCCUCGUUGACUAUCGCAACAAGGCUGUGUCAGACCGUGAUAACUUGGCUAAUAACCCCUCAUCAUAUUAUGCGACCAAUCCCCUGACAAGCAAUCCCGCCUCCUUCAUCCGUUCAAAGAUGGAAGACAUGAGAGGUGUCGACCAUGAGCAAUCCCGUCGAGAACGUGUACGCAAGUUAGAGCUUCGCAUCGAUGAGUUGACUCGUGAAGUUGAAAGCUCGAAAACGACAUCUGAGAUGUUUGACGAGGAAGUUGUUCGAGAGAUCGCUGAUUUCGAGCGCAUCAAAGCCAUCGAGUUCCGUGAUACUCUGGGCGCGAUGGCACAGCAGCAUGUAGAGUUUUAUCAAGGAGUGCUUGCGACUUGGGAAAGGUUCAUUGUCGAGAUGGAAGAUGGCGAGGAUAAUGGCGAGGAAAGCCAAAGACCGAUGAAUGAAGUGUCAUGAGCUUGAUGUAGCUGAAGAUGAUGUUGGAGUCGCUUAUUAUUUUGUAUGAUUCACAAAUUGAGCUGUGGAGUUUAUUUCUG